AUGUCCUUGUUCGCUACAAAAUUAAAGGAUUCCUUUUCUAUCACCAUAGUAAUUUUUCUAUCUGUUCAUCCAAUAUUUUUCUUUUCCAUUGUAUCUUUCUUUCAUAGGCCCUUCAUUGCUUCCCAAUCCAUCUCACAACUGCAAGUUAACUUCUUCUUCGUCCGAGGCGCAAACCCAACUCCAACUGCAACUUCUCUGCCUGUCCGGCCUGUAACUGUCUCGCCGUCCGCCCUGCAACUCUUCUGCCUGUCCGACCUACAACUGUCUCGCCGUCCGCCCUGCAACUGCAACUCCAACUUAACUUCUCUUCGGCCUCGUUCUUUCCUCCGAAAACCAAUUGUUUGUCCAGUGUCUUCUUUUACAAUAGAUUUUAUUUCGUUUCGCACGGAGUCACUGUUGUUGUCUUCUCUAUUCUUACCCGUUCUUGUCGCCAAUCCACUACAUAAUGAGGUCUUCGAAUAUGUGUCCUGGAAAGAAGUAAGUGCAACUUUCAUUAUUGUUAUGUCUCUGUUUUUUCCAAUGCAUUCCAUAACUAAAAACAUUUUAUGUCGAUCUAUCAAUCUAUCGAUCAGCAGGGGCUACAGCCGGUGA